GAUAACGCCGACAGGGUUGAAGGGAGAUUCAAAAGUUGCUGGAGAUCCAGCUUUUUUCGAAGAAGCAUUCGUCGCUCAUCACUUUCACUUCUUCCAUGACCUACAGCUUGUGUUUUGUCUACUCCAAACUCUUUCCCAGUGCUUGAACAGCAGAUCUCCGUCAAAAUGUCGACCAUGAACGAGGUCUUCCAAGGCUACGCCAAACGUCUUGCCGUCUUGCAACAGAGCAACAACCCAUUCGCCAGAGGCGUUGCGUGGGUGGAGAAUGAACUCGUCCCACUCCAUGAGGCUCGCAUACCUCUUAUGGACCAGGGUUUCCAACACAGCGACUUGACCUACGACGUACCUGCCGUGUGGGAUGGACGCUUCUUCCGACUCGACGACCACCUGGACCGACUGCAGAAGAGCUGCGCCAAAAUGCGACUCCGAUUCCCGAUCCCCCGCGAACAAAUCAAGCAGACAUUGGUCGACAUGGUGGCCCAAAGCGGAAUUCAAGACGCGUUUGUCGAAAUCAUCGUCACCCGCGGCAUGCAAGGCGUCCGCGAGUGCGUCGUGAACAAGACCAGCCCCAGCGCGCUGAAGAACAACCUGUACAUGUUCAUUCAACCCUAUGUAUGGGUCAUGCCACCUGAAAUGCAACUCACGGGAGGCGACGCCAUCGUCGCGCGGACUGUGCGUCGGACACCGCCUGGUUCGCACGAUCCGACGAUCAAGAACCUCCAAUGGGGUGAUUUGACCCGCGGAUUGAUCGAGGCAAGCGAUCGCGGCGCCACGUACAGCUUCCUCACCGACGGCGACGCCAACAUCACGGAGGGUUCUGGAUUCAACAUUAUGUUCGUCAAAGACCGUGUUAUCUACACCGCCGAUCGGGGCGUGUUAGAAGGCAUCACUCGCAAGAGCGCGUUUGAUGCCGCAAGAGCAAACGGGAUUGAAAUCCGCGUAGAGGUCGUCCCGGUCUCGUUGGCGUACGACUGCGACGAAUGCCUCAUGGUUACGACCGCGGGUGGUGUGAUGCCAAUAACCACGCUCGAUGGGCAGCCCGUCAAGGACGGCAAGCUCGGACCGGUCACGAAGGCCAUUUGGGAUGAAUAUUGGGCCAUGCAUUGGAGGGACGAGUUCAGUUUUGCCAUUGACUAUAGCGUUGGUCAAAAUGGGCAGGUGAAGAAGACGCCGGGUGCUCAUGUCAACGGGUUCGUGAAUGGUGUGGAUUACAAGGCGAACGGUGUCGUGAACUCGGUUUCCGAAGUGACCGUGUCCUGAUUCAUAGAGUAUCUUAUGUAUGAACGUGUGGGUCUUCGAUAUGAAUGUGUUUGUCGUUGGUCGUUAAUUCGUCGUCGUUGCUCUUCGAUUUUCGAGAUGCUUCGUCGUCCAUUGCAUCGGCAACGUAGUUC